UACACGUUAUAAAUAAUGAUAAUAAACGAUAGGGGAGCUUUAUUCUUAACGCCAGGGGGCUCGCGUGCUAUAAAAACAAUAAGAACUCAACAAUUGGCAUUAUUCAAUUCAAAAGACUCAACCAUGAAGGUUAUUUACUUAAUCACAGCUACUUUAGCACUUAUUCCACUUAUUUCUGGGGCCCCUGGCAAAGCGAGGCAAAGCUCUGUGACAACGCAAUUGUUGGUAGAGCAACAUGGCUAUCCAUUCGAGGAACAUUCUGUGCAGACUUCCGAUGGAUAUAUUCUGGGACUUCACCGAAUCCCGUACUCUGGGCGAGUUGAGUCCGGAAGCGAAGAACGCCGUCCGGUAGUCUUCCUUAUGCAUGGUUUAUUGUGCUCCUCAAGUGAUUGGGUCCUCUUGGGCCCUGAUAAUUCAUUGGCUUUCAAACUCUCCGAUGCUGGCUAUGAUGUUUGGCUGGGCAAUGCUCGGGGGAAUACCUAUUCAAGGGAACACGUCAAAUAUAAUCCACUGUUCAAGAAGUUUUGGUCAUUCGAUUGGCACGAAAUAGCCAUGUACGAUCUUCCGGCCAUGAUGGACUACGUGUUGUACUAUACAGACGAGGAACAGCUAACAUACUUUGGACAUUCUCAGGGCACUACGACAUUCUUGGUGCUGAAUUCCCUAAAUUUGAGAUUCAAUAGCCGAAUCAAAUCAGCUCAUCUGUUGGCACCGGUGGCAUUUAUGGAGAACAUGGAAGGACCGUUAGUGGACAUGGCCGCAAUUUUACUGGGACAACCCAACAUAUGGCCAGAAUUGUUUGGGGAUAUGGAAUUUCUGCCAAGUACCAAAGCCAUGGAGCUACUCGGAUACACAGCAUGCCGUGAUAACUCCCUCCUUCAGGAUUUGUGCGCUAACGUGAUCUUUCUCAUAACCGGUUACGAUUACGAGAACUUGAAUUCUACCAUCCUGCCUGAAAUUAUCGCUACAACUCCAGCAGGAUCGUCCAUCAAUCAGAUAACCCACUUUUUGCAAGAAUACAACUCCGGUUACUUCCGACAAUUUGACUACGGUAAAUUGCGCAAUAGCCUGACUUAUGGAUCGUCGCAGCCUCCAGAAUAUCCACUCGAGGAUAUAGAUGUGCCGAUCUUCUUGUACUAUAGUGACAAUGAUUAUUUGUCAUCGGUUGUUGAUGUUCACAGACUUAUGCGAACCCUAAAAGAAACCACUAUGCGAAGAGCCUAUAGAGUUCCACAUCCGAAAUGGAAUCAUUUGGAUCAUAUUUGGGGAAUGAAUAUCAAGGAACAGCUUCACGAUGCUAUCAUGGAGGACUUAGAAUCAAUGAAAGACUCAUAGGUACCUUAAAAGUUAAGUUUUAAUGAUGUAUACCAUAUAAGAUUGAGAUAUUAGAUUUAAGAAUCAGUAGUUUAAGAAACAACUUUAAUGUGAAGAUAAGGCAUUGAAAUAUAAAUUUCGUAUUGUAUACGAGUUAGAGAUGUAACAUAAA